AUGCGAACGUCUCUCUGGCCGACCCUUCAAGGCCCGAAGACCUACAGAAUCGAGACCAAUGCGUUGCUGUACUCUGUUGGUGUUCGCUGCUGGGGCUUGGACCCUCUUCCUUUCGAUGUUAGCGAUGACGGACUGCCGUUCAAAUUGGACGUGAUCAGCUGCGCUGCGCCCAGACAGCCACCCCGGUUCCAGCACCCCGCAAACGGCCCACGAUAUCGCAACGACGGUGACAGAAGACUCAUGCUGGAUAAGAUUACUGCAAUCCUCCGUGCUGCAGUCCUGAAGCGCGUCACUACCCUUAUUCUCGGGGCGUUUGGGUGCGGAAAAUCCAAGAAUCCACCACAAGAGGUCGCUCAGAUCACCAAGACGGUCCUCUUUCAUCCUCCUGAUGGGGACAAUUGGUACGACUGUGGACUGAAGACUGUUGUGCUGGCUAUCAUGGAUGAUAACGAUCCGGAGAAGAAAAGUGCGAAGAAUUUCGCAGUCUUCAGAGAUAUAUUUGCCUCCGAGCCAAAUGCGACAAUAGUGGACGACUUUGACAUUGUCAAAACCUCGUUCUCUGCGUCGGAAGCUUAUGAACUCGAGGCAGAGGUUGACAAGAAACUGGCGGAGGAAUCGGAAAUGGAAAUCGACCAAGAUGACUUUGAUGAAACUACAUCUUUCUCAGCAUCGAACACCAGCUCAACUGCGACAUGGAUAGACGUGGCUCAAUCGCAAGUCUCUGGUAGAACACAGGACGACUUCAACGCCGACGACGAGAUUCUCGACCUUACAGUGUCAGAUCUAGAGGACAGCACUGACAUUGAGGACAAGGACAUUUUACCUUUUAAGCCUUGUGAGGAAAAUACGGUUGAAGUCGGCGCCCAUUCCAUGGGAGAUGCUGAUGUCACCAAUAACUCCGCUCAUUAA